CGACGCCAUUCCCCCUCACCGAGCCCGGCCGCCAGUCUCGCACGCGCUCCGGUGCGUCCCCGCGGAGCCCGUCCCCGCGUGUGACGUCUCCGCCGGCGAUUGGAGGGAGCCACGGGCCGCGCUUCCGGUGCGGUGCGGCCGGGCGGAGGCGGCGGAGCGGGCGCAGGCGAGCGGCGCCGGUGGGAUGGAAGGAUCUGAGCGAGCCGCGGCGGCGCCGGGUGCCCAGCCUCGCGCCAACGGCUGCAGCGGCACUGCCCACGGAGCGCUCCGCAAUGGCUACGUGCGCGGGCUGUCGGCGCCCGGGACUCAGAUGAACCAUAUUGUGCACAAUGGAGGAUUAUACAAAAGGCCUUUCAAUGAAGCUUUUGAAGAAACACCAAUGCUGGUUGCUGUGCUGACCUACGUAGGCUAUGGUGUUCUCACUCUCUUUGGGUAUCUGCGAGAUUUCAUGCGGCAGUGGAAGAUUGAGAAGUGUCAAAAUGCAACAGAAAGAGAAGAACAAAAGGACUUUGUGCCCUUGUACCAGGACUUUGAAAAUUUCUACAACAGAAACCUCUACAUGCGCAUUCGCGACAGCUGGAACCGUCCCAUCUGCAGUGUGCCAGGGGCCAAAGUGGACAUGAUGGAGAGAGUUUCCCAUGACUAUAACUGGACAUUCACGUACACGGGGAGAGUGAUAAAGGACAUUAUUAAUAUGGGUUCCUACAACUACCUUGGAUUUGCACAGAAGUCUGGGACUUGCCAAGAGGCAGCAGCUAAAGUCCUAUCGCAGUAUGGAGCUGGGGUGUGCAGCACUAGACAGGAGAUGGGAAACUUGGACAAACAUGAGGAGCUGGAAAAGCUAGUUGCCAGAUUCCUAGGUGUGGAAUCUGCAAUGGCAUAUGGAAUGGGCUUUGCAACCAACUCUAUGAACAUUCCUGCUUUAGUUGGCAAGGGUUGUCUGAUUUUGAGUGAUGAACUGAAUCAUGCAUCACUAGUGCUUGGAGCAAGACUGUCAGGAGCAACUAUUCGAAUCUUUAAGCACAACAAUAUGCAAAGCCUGGAGAAGCUGCUCAAAGAUGCUAUUGUGCAUGGGCAACCUCGUACACGGAGGCCCUGGAAAAAAAUUCUAAUCUUGGUGGAAGGAAUAUACAGUAUGGAAGGAUCCAUAGUCCGUUUGCCUGAAGUGAUUGCUCUUAAGAAGAAGUACAAAUCUUAUCUGUACCUUGAUGAGGCUCAUAGUAUAGGUGCCCUGGGUCCUAGUGGCCGGGGUGUAGUGGAUUAUUUUGGACUCAAUCCUGAAGAUGUGGAUGUUAUGAUGGGAACAUUCACCAAAAGCUUUGGAGCUGCUGGAGGAUACAUUGGGGGCAAGAAGGAACUGAUUGAUUACCUCAGGACAUACUCACACAGUGCUGUGUAUGCAACAUCACUGUCACCUCCUGUUGUGGAGCAAAUCAUCACCUCAAUGAAGUGCAUUAUGGGUGAAGAUGGUACAACUGUUGGGAAGGCACGUGUGCAGCAGCUAGCAGAGAACACAAGGUAUUUCAGGAGACGACUGAAAGAGAUGGGAUUUAUCAUCUAUGGAAACGAAGACUCUCCUGUAGUGCCUCUGAUGUUGUACAUGCCAGCAAAAAUUGGUGCAUUUGGGCGUGAGAUGCUGAAGCGGAACAUUGGUGUUGUGGUUGUGGGCUUCCCUGCCACCCCUAUCAUCGAGUCCAGGGCCAGGUUCUGUUUGUCUGCAGCUCAUACCAAAGAGAUGCUUGAUACAGCUUUAAAAGAAAUCAAUGAAGUUGGAGACCUUUUGCAACUGAAAUAUUCCCGUCAUCGUUUGGUACCUCUCUUGGACCGGCCGUUUGAUGAGACAACAUAUGAAGAAACAGAAGACUAAACUCCCUCCACGUGCCUUGGUGGGAUGGACACACCCUGUGGAACACUCCAUGGUAUACAGGCCAACAGCGUCCAUGAACAACACACUUGUGACUGCUUAGCAUAAAAGACAUUUCCUCACAACACUGAAGUGGCCACAUCAGCUCUUAAUGGCAUUUUGUAAAUACGGAGAAGAGGAGGAGGAAAAAAAAACAGCUUUGAUUCCUGUGUCUUCGGGGUCUGAGCCUAGAGGUGCUUGGCUUUAUUUUUCUCUCGUUGCUUUUAUUAUUUAUUUGUCUCAGUGAGUUCAUAGCAACCCCAGUCAGCUGUGGCUGAUCAGAUCAGACUUCAUAUGCACCGUUAGCCUCCCAAAUGCUGGCUGAGAUGUUGUGAGCAUGUGUGACGCUGGCAUGGCAGAAUUUCCAGUGUCACUGCUAAGUGUCUGACCUUCCUAGUAAGGAGCUGACCUGUCUGCUCUUGGAGACUUCUAGAGAAGAUGUUGAUUGCUAACUUUGAGAUAUUUAACAAGAUGGAUAAUCAGCUAAAAUUGGUUUAGUUGCUGGGUGGUUGUUCGUUUUUUUUUUUCUUUUGCAGUUGCUUGUGUCUAAAACUUGAAUUUAGCCUUUUUUUAUAAUAAAUAUGUUGUUGACAUGUCACUGACAGGAUCAUUGUUCCCAAACAUUAGUUAGUUUUGUAAGCCACAGACAGAAAGACUUCUGGAACUCUAGCCUCUUUCCCUUCUCUGUAUGGUUAGAGGAUUGUCUCCUGGUUUUGACACUGAUUGUCCUCUUGAUAACGUGGUAAGUGAUGUAGAGGGGAUUUGGGUUUGGUUGUUGUUUGGUUUAUUUUAUUCAUUUGGGUUUUUUUUAAUGAGUUGUGUUUUGUCUUCCUUCUGACACACUUUGUUUAAAAAAAGAAAACAAACACACAAAAAAAACCACAAAGAAAAAGCUGGGGUUAGUGUGUAUUGCCUUCCACCUUCAGGUUUGUUUCUCUUGCUUUAGAGUUAUCAUAAUACCAUGAACAAGUCAAUUCCAACUUCGUGAAGGGUGCUCUUUAGAUUAAGUAAACCAUAGCAAGUCUUGUGCUUCUUGUUAGGACCAGAACCCCUCAAUUAGCAGGCCUAUAGAAUGGAUGACUAUUGGGAGAACCACUUCUUUCAUGCAGAUCCAUGAAAGACUGAUUUCUACCCUUGGCCAUGCUAAUUCACUGUUUCUUGUCAUAUAUGAGAUGAUCUUCAUUGGCCUUGUUGUACAAGGCUUUUACACAAAGAGUAUAGACAGGCUGGAUCUUUUAUCAUACAUUACAUUUUGGCUAUCCAUCAAAGUCACUUGGCAGCUGCAUGUCUAUAUAAACCUUUUCUGAAGAGAGAAUGUCCUCACAAUUGCACUUAGUUUGAGAACUUUGUUCUUUGCAUUUCUGUUGCUGAGAUCAAAUUAACAUUCACUGAGCCAAAUAUUUGGAAUCUGCAAGUUCCACACUCUCAUACUCUGGUCAGUGUUUGAAACGGGCAUCUUUGCUCUAGCACACCUUAGAGGUGCUCUGCUACUUAGUCAUUGCAUUUUGAAUUCUUUCAGGAGGUGGGAUGGAUUGUUGAAGAGGUACCAAAAGUUUCCUAGCAGGAGUCAGUUGCAGUAUCAUUUGUUUCUGUACUUUAUACCUUGGACACGUAGGCUUUCUGCUUUAAGACUGAUAUUUCAGUUGGGACAGCUCUUUGAUUUGAGUUAGCAUAAUGCUGUUAGCAGAGGAAUGGAGUUUUCUACAUCUGAGUGCAGCUCAAAAGCUAUCUGCCUGAUGCUACAAAAAAGAGAUAAGUUAUUUCAUGCUCGUUCUGCAGUUAACAAUGAAGAAGUGCUUUGGCCACUAGAAACAAACAAUUCUGUGUAUACAAAUGGUGAUUUAAAGCAGAACUGGGCUUAAUGGCAUAUCUGUCUUUGUGUGCUUAUAGGUCUUGUUCUACUUUAAUGUAGCUGAACUUCAAAACAGGAGUUCAGAUUUUUACCAUUGCAUUUCAAAAAUUUAAUGAGCUGAGAAGAACUAAAACUGUUUCAGAAUGGGCCCAGAUAACUGUUUGUGUCUCAGUGCACCAGUGUUGAUUUGCUCACCUUCUGGAACACAGUCUGUAACCUGUAUGUGCAAACUUUGCUAGCUUUGGAGUAGUCUCAUUUGUUCAGCCACGGAGUGAGUAAACUGCAACUACAUGAGCUUACUUUCUCACCUGUGUUCUGCCCAGGACUAGCUCUAACAUUCCACUAGAUGAUGUACUUUCUGACUUUAAGAAGCUUUACCUCAAAGAAUUACUGCCUUUUUCUCCAUUUUUUUUCUUUCAAGGAGAAGAGGUUACUGCAGGAAGCCCUGUCUCCAGCUCUGAGGACUUGGUCACAGAACUAUUUAAGAUAGGGCAAAACUGGUCAACUUGAAGGCAUAGGCAUGGUUCAGUAGGGAACUAUUUUGAGCUUGUGCUUUUGUCUGCUGUGUAGCCAAGUCAGCUUGUUAAGUGUGAUGUAUUAAAUUAGAAGUGGGUUAUUGUAGAUUCUGCAAGUGUUGAGUCUUAAUCCUGUCUAUAGGACUCAUCUUUAGGCCAGCUUGUCUUUAGAAGGGAGAAAAAAUGGAUAGAUCUCAGUAAUUCAGAUAACUUCUUUACAACACUUCUGAAACUGCCAGUGUUUGAAAAGUGCUGGUUCCCAUCCAGACUGCAGUUGCACUUGUGCAGGAAAUUACGUUCAUGCUACAUUUCUGCCAUUUAGUGUCUUUCUCCGUGUGACUUCCAGUUCUGGGUUGUGAAGACAUUUCAGAAACCACUCAGGCAGUUAGCAACAUUUGCAGACUGUUUGGUUGCAUUUCAGCCCUGCCACAUCCUUUUUUGCAAGCAACUUCCCCACCUACCCCCCCAUACUCCCCUCCCCAGAUUCUGGAGGUCUUUUAUUUAAGGGUAGCUGUUCUGACAAAGUCUGGUACCUGUUGAAACUGCUUGUGAAAAACCCCAAGAAGUAGCAAGUCCAAGAUUUUGCACUUUUAAGUCAGUAAUUGCCUGAGCAUGAAAGCCAGGAAUAUUUUUUCACAUCUCUUAAAGAAACUCUGCUCCCACAUCCAGAGAAGCAGAUCAGUACUGGUUUGUACUAGGCAAAUCUGUAGCAUGUGUAGGAUGGAUUGCUACUUUGAUAUUUAUGUACUGGACAGAAAUGUGCAUCUCUUUUGUCCUAGCAGCAGAAGUGAUUGAAAGAACCAAACUUGAAAGAUCACAAAGGAAGAAAAGCUGCUUAGAAAUAGACUUCAGUCCCUGCCAACUUUUCUGAGACAUUCUAAUUGAAAAUGACUCCUGGUAUUUCUUAAGAGGUGCAAAAUUCAAAAGAAAAUGAAGGCUGCUUUUCAACAAAGGAUUUUGCCCUGUACUGUACACUGGCUAAACUUACUCAUAAAUAUACAAUAGUUACCUUACCAGCACCUCUCUGAAGAACUCAGCAAGCAAGAUUUUGCCUCUGCUGAGCACAGUGAAGAGUUUAGAACCAUUAUAGUUUUCAAGGCUGAUGGCCAUAUUCUUUUACACUUAGGAAAACUGAGAAGCUCCUAUUACCAAGCAUCAGCAAUGAGAGAGAGAUCUGCUUCUUGUUAGAAACCAGCCUUCCCAAGGAGACCUUUGUCUUAAGGAGCCUGAUUCAUAAUUUUUUCUUUAGUUCUGUGGCAGAGAAGAAACCAAGGGGCUUUUCUUGUCAAAAUAUUCAAAACUUUUGAGUUUUCUUGGUUAGGGUUUUUUGAAUUUGGUUGGGGUUUGGGUUUUGGGGGGAUUUUUUUUGUUUGAGUUUGGUUUUUUUUACACAAGACACAAACUCUUGUAUAGUAUUUGUGCAUAUGGUGUAUUUAACUCUGUUUAUUCUCUACAUUUUUUUCCUCCUUAAAAAAUGCUGCUCCCAUUCUUAGGUUACUGCUGUAGCAUGCUUCUGCUUUAGGCAAAGGCUCAGGAGUGAACUGCCCAAACAUCUUACUGUGAUGGCAUUGUUCAGUGAAGAAAUGGCAUCAUUCCUCUUUCUCUUGCUGUUUCCUCUGAGUGCAGGAGCAAUGCCCACUGUCAUGGCUGCAGCUUCACACAGAGCAGGAAGAAGGGAAGUAAGCCGAUGAAAUCAGUGAUCCAGCCCUGUGCUGUGUGGUUGAGGGACUGAUGGGGCAGAAAUGGGGCGGUCAGUCAUCACUUAGGCUCAGCUGUGUGGAGAUGUCUCUUGUGUGCUUGAACAAGCAUCUCUAAGACAGGAUUGCAGCUUCCAGUGCCCAAAGGGACACCCCUCAAAAACUUUUCCACAUCAAGUCAAUUCCUCUCCUUGUGUGCAAAUUGUAAUUUCUUUACCUCUGAAAAGUGUUUGGCUUACAGCUGUUUGCUUUUCCAGAAGCCAGGUUAUCCGUUCGUGCAGAUCAUAGGAGAGGUUGGAGGAAAGCAUGAGCUCUCCAUUUCAGGGAACACCUUGCAGCUGAUGUGUUAUGCAGGAGCUCCCUUGCUGCAUUCCAGAGAAGGAAACUUGUGGAGAUUUAUCCCAAUAUACAAUGGUCAGUAGUGUUUAUACAUACAGCUUAGAUUAUAUUAUUCUUACAGUUUAUACUCAGCCUGUGAAGGUGUCAAGCAUGUUGGAUCUGUGUGGGUGGCACCUUCUACACAGAUAUGAAGCACCUGUGAUCUGUUCUACUGAUAGUGAAGCACUGAGCUAUCUAGCAAUGCCUGGUAUGACCUCUCAGCAGGUGCAUUGCUGGCUUUGGUGCUGGACCUGGAACCCAAGUGGCAUUGGACCACUGUUUAGGAAAAGCAUCAGUCAUUCAACCUGUGUAACUUGAAUAUGGUUUUGAAAGAAAGAAAAGAUAAAAAGAAAACCCAAAACAAAAACAACUGAGAUGCCAUUGUGAUAGCUUGUAUUCCUGUAAAUGUCCCCAGCCUUGCAGUUGUUCACCUGUCCAAGGAUUUGGACAUGAAGCUUAGAGCACAACCAUGAAGUGUUUGUAUGAAGUAUUGCGCUUUAUUUUUCACUAAGAGAAGCAUUUGGUGCAGACAUUGAAGCUGUUGUGUUUACAUGCCCAAAAGGGGCUGGGUGAAGAUGAUGACUGCAGUGUGUGUUGAAGGCCUUAAACUGUGACUCUUGGUAUGAAAAGUUGAAAUUAAAACUGACCCUAAAGAAUGCAGUGGAGGUUAACCCAUGGAAGAAUACUCUGUGCUCUCAGUUUAGCGAUAUGUACUGCUGUUUAAGGAACAGAAGAGGUGUCUGUGUGUGAAGGUGAAAGAUAGUGCAGUUCUCUGUGAUGAUGUUCCUAUGUAGCAAGCAUUGGUAACUUGUUCCUGAGCUGCUGAAAGUGGGAGAAUUAUUGAGAGGGUCAGGGACCUCAGAAGCAGUGGCAGCUAGCAAAUUAAUUUCCUCAACAGUAUGUAAACAGGCCUUGCUUGAACAUGCCAAGGAUUGGUGCCUUUCCAAAAAAACCCAUGGUGAAGUGAAAUAUGCACCAAAGCAUCUGACCCCUGUAAAGCAUUUGAGUUUUCUGCAAAACCUCACCCUGUUCAGACAGUAUUUCUGCUACCCUCUAAUGGUAUAUUCAGCUAAAUGCAUCUCUAGCCUUCCAAUAUUAUUAGUUUCAGACCAGUAUGAAAGAGAUCAAAGGACUGUUGGAGCCUGAGGCUUUAGGCUAGCAGCCCCAAAGCCAAUGGUGGCCCACAUUUCCACAAGCCCUGGGCAGAAUGACCAAGUCACAGCACUUUGCCUAAAAUUGCACUGUAUUCUUAUGCCUCUGUGUUGCUAUAAUGUACAUAUAUAUUGGAUUUUUUUGUAGAUAAUACGUUUUAGAUAAAAUUUUUAAACGGGCUUCCCCCAAAAUAUUUUAUGCCAGAUGUCUAAUUUUUUUUACACUUGGGAUUAAUAUGAAGUUGGAUGCUCUAUAGGCAGGGGGGGGAAAAAAAUGGAUGGUACAUUGGCUUUAAAGAGAUAACAAUGCAUGUUUAAAAGCAAAAAACCAGACACUUGGAGAAAAAAAUGCUUGGGAAAAAAUACAUUAAAAUAUAUUCUAUGUUCUGCAUAAUAAAGACUUUAAAAAAAAACA